CCGGGUUCGGGCUGCUGAGGUGGGGCUGCCAGUGAGCAGGCACCCACUGACAGGAGCCUGGCCUUUUGCUACCAGUAAGAAGGUAAAGAGAGUGGGAACCCGGAGGCUUGCACACCCAAAGGAGACAUCUAAGCUGCAGCAAGCAGCAGCAGCAGCAGCAGCAGCAGCAGCAGCAGCAGCAGCAGCAGCAGCAGCAGCAGCAGCAAGGGAAGUAAGCUUAAACCAAAACAGGAGCCAGGUGGAACCGGAGAUGUCAUCGCUGGUGAAGGAAGACUUGGAGAAAAAACUGUUUAAGCCGCUGGCGCAGAAUCUCUGCGAGUUUAUUGAGAUCGAGGUCUCUGUCCAGGACAGGUAUUUCCUCUGUGUGUCAGUGACCAAAACUGAUGAAGUAAAAAUCACCAUGGUGAAGCACUACAGAGUAGGGCUGGAUGAGAAGUAUGAAGUAACAAAAAGGUGGUCCUUGAGUGAUCUGCGGAUGAUUGACGGAAAAGAAGCAGAUACCGACAAUCCAUUUUUUGAUCUGCACUUCAAGAAAGUCUACAGCUUGGAGGCCUACAGCUGUGCCUCUAAGUACUCCUUUGCUCGGACAGUGAGCAGGCUGAACCACGUGUAUCUUAAGAAGGAUUUACACAUGGUCAACUUUGAUUCUACUUACAUUAACGAUGACUCCAUUUGGUCCUCCAACAACAAGGACUGCCUGGUCCUCAUGAGAAUAUGCUUUUACGCUUUCAAUCUUGUGUGCUUGUCCUUGUGUCCCCUGCCACUUUGAAGAUGUAACCCAAAGCCCUUCUUCCACGUCUGAAGAAAAUGGCU